GGAUGAAUAUCCAACAAAUGAGACGGCGUCGUUUUGGAAGUAAGAGUUACUCCACCCCCUUUCUUUGGACAACAAAGAGGCGCCAUCCACCCCAUUCUUACGGCGGAGAACCCGGGGGGAAGUUCAGCUGUGUUCUUACAAAUGAAGUCGUUGAUGGAGAAGAUAAAGUGGAAGAAGGAGCAAGAAAAAAACACAACAAUGGUUGACACUCCGCUCUCCUGGCUAGAAACCUCCGACUCUAUCUCUCGUUGCUUCCAGUUCGAACCCGAUGGUCACCUAUCCGUUAGAGUUGUUGGUGACACAAGAGCAAUAGCACACAGGAUGGUUGAAUCCUUUCUAAAUAAGUUUUUCCCCUCAGGAUAUCCAUACAGUGUGAAUGAGGGAUAUCUCCGGUACACACAAUUUCGGGCACUGCAGCAUUUUUCAAGUGCAGCAUUAUCUGUGUUAUCAACUCAGUCACUUUUAUUUGCUGCAGGCUUGCGACCAACUCCUGCUCAGGCAACUGUUGUGAGUUGGAUAUUAAAAGAUGGCAUGCAACAUGUAGGGAAGCUAAUAUGUAGUAACUUGGGUGCAAGAAUGGACUCUGAGCCAAAACGAUGGAGAAUUUUAGCCGACGUCCUCUAUGACUUGGGCACUGGCUUGGAAGUUCUCUCUCCCUUAAGUCCGCAUCUUUUUCUUGAAAUGGCAGGCCUUGGAAAUUUUGCGAAGGGUAUGGCCGUAGUUGCUGCACGGGCAACGAGGUUGCCGAUAUAUUCAUCAUUUGCCAAAGAAGGAAAUCUCAGUGAUCUUUUUGCAAAAGGGGAGGCCAUCUCAACUCUUUUCAAUGUAGUUGGGCUUGGGGCAGGGAUACAAUUAGCAUCCACAAUUUGUUCCUCUAUGCAGGGGAAGUUAGUUGUCGGCCCCAUUCUUUCUGCCGUUCACAUAUACAGUGUGAUAGAAGAAAUGCGAGCUGCUCCUGUCAAUACUUUGAACCCACAAAGGACUGCAAUGGUUGUUGCUAACUUUGCCAAGACAGGGAAAAUAUCAAGUCCUGCUGAUCUUAGAUACGAGGAAGAUCUGCUAUUUCCUGGUAGACUAAUAGAAGAUUCUGGAAAUGUAACAGUGGGCAGGGCUUUGCAUAAGGUUGUCAAGCCUUCACAACUUGAUAAAUUGAAACAGAUACUCCGCGAAGAAAAAUUUCUACUAUAUCCUGGAAAUAGAUGGAGUGACUUGAUAUUGGAGCAUGAUGCUACUGGGGAAGAUGCAUUGAGAGGAUGGUUAGUUGCUGCAUAUGCUGCUGACAUGAAGAAGUCUUCUGACAAGCCAAUAGUUUCUAUCUUGCAAUGUGCCUAUGAGAAGAUGAAUGACACGUUCACUCCAUUUUUAUCUGAGCUUCAGGCCAAAGGAUGGCAUACUGAUCGGUUUCUUGAUGGUACAGGAAGCCGUUUUGCAUGGUAAUAUCUACUAGUCUUAGGAGUUGAAUUCCUAAUUCUGAAAAACAUCCACUAAAGAAUCUACAGUGUCAGGCAGUUUCUAUCUUCUUGAUCUUUUCCCUCUAUAGACAUGUCCUUUGAAGUCAACAGAGUAAGAUACCGAAAUUUUCUCGGGAAAAUGAAACUCGAAAAGUAUUCGAGUUUUGAUCCAUGGUGUUGUUGGAUUAACAAUUUUGGCUCUUAUAGGUUCAAGUGGAAUGAAUGUCCCGGGUGCUAGGUUUCAUGUUGUUUUAGUAAAUAUUAAGAGUUGUUUGUAUCGCAUAGUGCUUUCGGAUAAGUAAGAUGUUUAGAUUCCAUAAUAUUAAAGCAUUUGAUAACAAUUACUUUUACUUAUCGCAUA